AAUAUCCCACAAAUCCUGUCUUUAUCACUCACCCAUUUGUUUAAUCAAAAUCCAUGGAAUCUUUGUGAUCCACUUUGGUUUAAUCUUGCACGCAAAUACUUCAAAUUUUAUUUUAUCAAUCUAUUAUUGCUGUGUUUUAGCGUCGAGGGUGUUGAAGCUUGAAAGUUGUUGAUCAAUGGCGGAAUCAUUGGGCCCACGACUGUACAGCUGCUCGAAUUGUCGAAACCGCGUUUCUCUCCACGAUGAUAUAAUUUCCAAGUGUUUCCAGGGAAGAAAUGGCCGGGCAUUUUUGUUCUCGCACGCAAUGAAUAUAACCGUCGGACCGAAAGAAGACAGGCAUCUCUUAACCGGUCUCCACACCGUGGCUGAUGUUUACUGUGCUGAUUGCCACCAGGUUUUAGGUUGGAAAUACGAGCGAGCUUACGAGGCAUCACAGAAGUACAAGGAAGGGAAAUUCAUACUCGAGAAGGCGAAGAUAGUAAAGGAGGAUUGGUAACACCCCGCACCAUUUUAAAGGUUCUGAUUCCAUUCAUUCCUGUGUUUGAUGUAAUUGUUAUCCAUGCUCAGACGUUCAUCUUGUAC